AUGGAAAAUAAAGAUAAUUUACAAUUACCAAUCAUUAUAGCUUUAGGCACAAUAAUAAUUUCUACAAUUCUAAUUAGCAUUUUGGUUAAAUCAGCGAAAAGUAGGUUAAAUAACAAAAGUCUCUCAAAUUUAUCUUCUGCAAAUUCAAAAGAAAAAAUUUCAUCACCAACAAUCAUUCUUGCAGGUCCAUCUGAUUCUGGUAAGACUUCAUUAUUUAAUAAGUUAUCGUAUGAUGAUUCAACCAUUUUAACGGUAACAUCUCAAGAACCAAAUAUUGCAAAUAAUUUCAAAUUAUCCAAUUCAAAUAAUUCCUUCACUCUAAUUGAUUACCCAGGUCAUAUUAAAUUGCAUUAUAAAUUAUUAAACAAUUUAAAGAAUUUCAAAAAUUUAAAAGGUUUAAUAUUCUUAGUUGAUUCUACUAUCGAUCCAAAAAAUUUAACAGAUACUGCUCAAUUCCUAUAUGAUAUUUUAGUUAUUACUGAAAAUACUAAAUAUUUUAAUAACGGUGUUGAUAUAUUAUUAGCAUGUAAUAAAUCUGAAUUAUUUACUUCAAGACCAGUUAAAAAAAUCUUGGAAACUUUAGAGUUUGAAAUUGAUAAGAUUAUUAAAAGACAAAAGAGUUCAUUAGGUUCGGCUUCAACCGUACUAGCUAGUGGAAUCCAAAGAAAGGGGCGUUCUAAUGAAGAUGAUGAUGAAAAUAAUGAUGGAACUGAUUCUCCAUUAUUUAAUGCGGUUAUUGGUUCUCAAGGUUUUAAAUUUUCUGCAUUGGAAGGUACAUUCGAUGUAUUGGACGGUAGUGUUCAAAAAAACAAAACAUCUAAGUGGGAGGAGUGGAUUGAUGAAAGAUUUUAA